UUGUAAAAUUUUAUAAAUAAGUGAUUUUUCUCCUUCACUGAUGUGCGCUAAUGAGGCUGCAGUGAUGGGCACUGAUAGGCUGCACUGAUGGACACUGAUAGGUGGCACUGCUUGGCAGCACUGACAGGUGGCACUGAUUAGCAUUGAUAGGUGGCACUGACUGGCACUGAUGGGUGACACUGAAAGGCAGCUCAUAUGGGCACUGAUAUGUGGCAUUGAUGUGGCACUGGCAUGUGGCACUGUUCAGCACUGGCAGCUGACACUGAAGGACACUGACAGGUGGCACUUAUGGGGCCACACU